GUGAUAAUAAAAGCUCAGUCAGAUGUUGGAGUAAACAGUUUAAACCUUGGAAGGAAGGAAGGAACUGAGUAGUUAUGGCUUCAAUACCAUGGACUAUAACUUCCACACCCCACCUGACCUUAACCCCUCAUUCAUCUACUUCUCUGCCCAAAUUCAACACCCAGUUUGUGAGUGGCAGAAGAAGUAGUAGGCUUGGUUGGGUUAGAUCCUCCUCUGGUAUUGGUCCCUCCAACGGGUCUAGAGCCAAGUGUUGGUUCAAAUUUGGCAAAAAUGGUGUUGAUGCUGAAGGUGCUGGCAUUUAUGGCAGUCAGUCCCGUGAUGAUUUUGAUAGAGAUGAUGUCGAACAGUAUUUCAACUACAUGGGAAUGCUUGCUGUUGAGGGUACAUAUGAUAAAAUGGAGGCUCUUCUAAGCUUAAACAUUCAUCCAGUAGAUAUUUUGCUGAUGAUGGCUGCCUCAGAGGGUGACAAGCCAAAAAUUGAGGAGUUACUAAGAGCUGGAGCUAAGUAUGAUGUCAAGGAUGGUGAUGGAAGAACAGCAAUUGAGAGAGCUCAAAGUGAUGAAACCAAGGACUUCAUUCUUAAUUUUUCAGUUCAAAAAGCAUGAUAUUGAAUACAGUUUUAAAUAAAAGUUUAUUGUAGUUUGGGGUAUUUUUUUUCUUUCCCUUCUGAGUUUUCUUAUAGCUUAAUCUUUGCUAUGUUUUUGCCAUCGAAUCUAAAUCUUUUUGCCAUCGAAUCUAAAUCUUUUUGCCAUGUGGCAACUGAAUUUUACCUUCAACUUCUGAUGUAGAAAGAAAGACAUGACAUGUAAUAGAAAUGAAUCAAAAACAAUGAUUUGUAAUUAGUUGGAAGAAAGGAAAAAUUCCCAUAUUAGCAGGAUAA